GUGCACUUUCGUGCCAGCAUUCCCCCUCCAUGUAUAUAUGCUCUAAGGAAUAGACCAAAGCAUUCAUAACAGGGAAGUAAAGCUGAUUAUGGUGAAAGGUCCAGAAUAGAAGGACUGUGUACCUAUUCGGAAGGAAGGAAGGAAAUAAAACUGAUUGUUGAUAGUUUAAAACAGAGUGAAAAAGUUGGAUUGUAUAUGUUAUCAAGAAUUUUAAUAUAGUUGUAACAACUUCUACAAUGAGUGAAAAUAAUAGUGAAUUUCCAAUAAAGAGGUACAGAAAGGAAGAGGAAGAAGAAAGUCCUUUAGAUACAGAUGAUGACUAUGUACCAUAUGUACCUGUUAAGCAUCGUAAGAAACAAUUGCUCACAAAGUUGGGUAAACUUGGACAAUUAAAAGAGGAAGGUACCAGUGCUCUUGGGAAGAGCAGUAGUGAGAAUGAGAAAGAUGAUGCUGAUAACGAUGAUGGACAAGUCUGGGGAAGGAAGUCUAAUAUCUCUCUUCUAGAUCAACACACUGAACUAAAAAAAUUGGCUGAAGCCAAAAAGGAAAGUGCUAUGGAAAAGCAGUUAAAAGAGGAAGAAAAAAUCUUGGAGAGUGUUGCUGAGAAUAAGGCUUUGAUGGGUGUAGCUGAAUUGGCAAAGGGCAUUCAGUACAAAGAUCCUAUCAAAACUAGUUGGUACCCACCAAGAGCAAUACUUCAUAUGGGAGAAAUAUGUCAUGAACGAGUACGAAGGAAACUUAGGAUACUUGUUGAAGGUGAUGAGGUACCACCACCUUUAAAGAGUUUUAAGGAAAUGAAGUUUCACAGAGGAAUCCUGUAUGGAUUGGAGCAGAAGGGAAUUAUCAAGCCGACUCCCAUUCAAGUCCAAGGAAUACCUACAGUAUUGUCUGGUCGUGACAUGAUUGGUAUAGCUUCUACGGGUAGUGGUAAAACAUUGGUGUUUGUUUUACCUAUUAUUGAGUUCUGCCUGGAACAAGAGCUGAAUAUGCCAUUUAUCAAAAAGGAAGGACCAUAUGGCUUGAUAAUAUGUCCUUCGAGAGAAUUGGCUAAGCAAACCUACGAUAUAAUUCGGCACUAUACCAACAGUUUACGACAAGUAGACUGUCCAGAAAUACGUAGCUGUUUGGCGAUCGGAGGUGUACCAGUUUCGGAAUCGUUAGCGAUAAUUAACAAAGGAGUACACAUAAUGGUAGCAACGCCAGGGCGACUGAUGGACAUGUUGCACAAGAAAAUGGUCACCUUGAGUGUGUGCCGUUAUCUUUGUAUGGACGAAGCGGAUCGUAUGAUCGAUAUGGGCUUUGAGGAAGAUGUGCGAACGAUAUUUUCUUUCUUUAGGGGUCAAAGGCAGACGCUAUUGUUUUCUGCUACCAUGCCAAAGAGAAUUCAGAAUUUCGCUCGUUCGGCUUUGGUGAAACCUGUGACUAUAAACGUCGGACGUGCUGGCGCUGCUUCGAUGAACGUGAUACAGGAAGUUGAGUAUGUUAAGCAAGAGGCUAAAAUAGUCUACCUCUUGGAAUGCCUUCAAAAGACCACGCCACCAGUAUUAAUAUUCGCGGAGAAGAAGCGCGACGUGGAUGCUAUCCACGAAUAUUUGCUCAUCAAAGGAGUGGAAGCUGUUGCGAUACAUGGAGGCAUAGAUCAGGAAGAGAGAUCACGUUCCGUCGAAGCAUUUCGCGGAGGUCGGAAGGACGUCCUGGUUGCUACAGAUGUUGCGUCCAAAGGUCUCGAUUUUGCUGAUGUGCAACACGUAAUUAAUUAUGAUAUGCCGGAUGAUGUGGAGAAUUACGUUCACAGGAUAGGACGUACUGGUCGUUCCGGACGUACCGGCAUCGCGACGACUUUCAUUAACAAGGCGAAUGACGAAUCAGUGUUGCUUGACCUCAAACAUCUGUUGAUGGAGGCGAAGCAGAAGGUGCCGCCGUUCUUGUUGGAACUUUGCUCGGAGAACGAAAAGUACCUCAAUCUGGGAGACGAGCGUGGUUGCAGUUAUUGCGGCGGUCUUGGUCACAGAAUCACAGAGUGCCCGAAGCUGGAAGCCGUGCAGAAUAAGCAAGCGUCAAAUAUCGGGCGUCGCGAUUAUCUGGCUAGCAAUGCGGCGGAUUACUAAAUGUUAAGAUAUUUUUUAGAUAAGUACGUAUUAAUUGUACAUAUGUAUAUAUAAAAAUCUAUUUGUACUUAUUAAAUCGUAUGCUACAGGAACAAAAUAUACAUGAUGAAAUAAGA